AUGCGGCUACCAGGGGCCAUUGCUGCGCUCGUUGGGCUGAGCUCUCUUGCGCCCAUGCUUGUAAGCGCGCAGGGUGAGACCAAAAUCCACGAAAAGGGCCGCUGUGCUAUUCGUGGUCAUUGCGGGAAGCAGUCUAUUUUCGGUGGAGAGCUUCCCUGUCCCGAUAAUGACCUAGCGCAGCAACCAGAGGACUCCGUGCGCCAGAAAUUGGUGAAUCUGUGCGGUAGCAGAUGGAGCGAAGGCCCAGUGUGUUGUCGUAAUGAACAGAUCGAUGCGCUCGGGAGUAACCUCAAACUAGCCGAAGGAAUCAUCGCGUCCUGUCCUGCCUGCCGAGACAACUUCUUCAACAUUUUCUGUACCUUCACAUGCUCUCCGGACCAGUCGCUCUUCGUCAAUGUCACGAAAACUGAAGAAAAAUCUGGUAAGCGAUUGGUGACCGAGAUAGACAACAUUUGGUCCGAAGAGUACCAGAGCGGCUUCUACGAUAGUUGUAAGAACGUCAAAAACGGUGCUUCGGGCGGCAAGGCCAUCGAUUUCAUCGGUGGUGGCGCAAAAGAUUAUGCGCAGUUCAUGAAGUUCUUAGGUGAUAAGAAAUUCCUUGGAAGUCCGUUCCAGAUCAACUACCACACAGAGCCUACUGGGCCUGAUCCGCAAGGAAUGGAACCUCUGCCCAUGACUCCGAAGUCCUGUAAUGAUCCAGACAAGAACUUCCGCUGUUCUUGUGUUGACUGCCCCGAUGUCUGCCCAGAGUUGCCCGCCAUCUCUCCCCCCGAGGCAUGCCAUGUGGGACUUCUGCCAUGUAUGUCUUUUGCUGUCAUCAUUGUGUACUCCGCAUUCCUGUUGUUUGUCAUCGCCCUCGCUAGCUAUGUCACAUACAAGGAACGCCGGUUCCGCAAACCAGAGCGCGUGCGUUUGCUUCAAGACCCUACACCCAGUGAUGAUGAGGACGAAGGAGAAACCGUGCGGCGUGGGGGAUAUAUGGAGCGGCCGCAAGGGGUCUAUAAGCUGAACUCUGUGUUGUCGGCGUUGUUUCAUCGAAUUGGUGGUGUUUGCGCACGAUUCCCAGCCAUUACAAUAUCGUCCAGCGUCAUUAUCGUGGCUCUGCUGAGCUUAGGCUGGCUACGCUUCACUGUUGAAACAGACCCGGUGCGUCUCUGGGUGAGUCCAUCGUCUGCUGCAGCCCAGGAGAAAGAUUUCUUUGAUCAGAACUUUGGUCCGUUCUACCGGGCCGAACAAGCAUUCUUGGUGAACAACCGCCCAUCGAAUGAUUCCAGCCCACUCUUGGAUUAUGAGACCUUGGUUUGGUGGUUCGGCGUUGAAUCUCAAGUGCGGCGCAUUAUCUCCCUCGAACAGGGACUCAAUCUAAAUGAUGUUUGCUUCAAGCCUACUGGAGAUGCCUGUGUCGUGCAAUCGCUUACUGGAUAUUUCGGAGGGGAUGUCUCGAAUCUUGACCCGGAUACUUGGAAGGACCGCUUGACGCAGUGUACAGAUUCUCCUGGAGAUCCAAGCUGUCUCCCUGACUUCUCGCAGCCCCUGAGGCCUGAAAUGAUUAUUGGUGGUUACGAGGAAACGGGUAACGUUUUGGAUGCCAAGGCCCUCAUUGUGACCUGGGUGGUGAACAAUCACGCACAAGGAUCCGAAGAAGAAGCAAAGGCCAUGGAAUGGGAGAACACCUUCGAAAAUUAUUUUAAGGAGGUUCAAGCCGAAGCUGCCCAGCGAGGCCUUCGCGUGUCCUUCAAUGCCGAGGUCAGCUUGGAGCAGGAGCUGAACAAAUCUACCAACACAGACGCGAAGAUCGUUGUAAUCAGUUAUCUGAUCAUGUUCUUCUACGUGUCGAUGGCCCUGGGAUCAAUGACUGUCACCUGGAGGUCUCUGUUGACCAACCCUUCCAAUGCUCUAGUCCAGUCUAAGUUUACUCUGGGAAUUGUGGGCAUUGCCAUUGUUCUGAUGUCUGUCUCUGCAUCGGUUGGACUGUUCUCGGCAGCUGGCGUCAAGGUGACCUUGAUCAUUGCGGAAGUCAUUCCAUUCUUAGUUCUAGCCGUUGGAGUGGACAACAUCUUCCUCAUCGUCCACGAGUUCGAGCGAGUCAAUAUCAGCCAUCCCGACGAAGAGAUCGAUGAGCGAGUCGCCCGAGCAGUUAGUCGAAUUGGUCCCAGUAUAUUUUUGUCUGCUUUGACAGAGACUGUUGCCUUUGCGCUAGGUGUCUUUGUCGGCAUGCCCGCUGUCAAGAAUUUCGCCGCUUACGCUGCCGGGGCCGUCUUCAUCAACGCCAUUUUGCAGGUGACCAUGUUCAUCUCCGUGUUGGCAUUGAACCAAAGACGUGUGCAGAGCCUUCGAGCAGAUUGUAUUCCCUGUCUCACUGUCCGAAAGGCGAAUUCAUUUGGUUUCUCCGAUGAACAAUAUGAUGAUCAGGAGGCAGAGAGUAGCCUGCAGUCUUUCAUUCGUCGGGUUUACGCCCCCUUCCUUCUGGAUCGUCGAGUCAAGGCAGGUGUCGUCAUCUUAUUUUUGGGUCUGUUGACUGCUGGCCUGGCCCUUAUCCCAGAGGUACCUCUUGGGCUAGAUCAGCGCAUUGCGCUUCCCAGCGACUCGUACCUGAUCUCCUACUUUAACGAUCUAGAUGCCUACUUUGGCGCAGGUCCCCCAGUAUAUUUCGUGACCCGCAAUGUGAAUGCCACUGAACGAGAGCACCAGCAACAACUCUGUGGACGAUUCACCACUUGCGAAGAGUAUUCCCUGCCGUUUAUUCUUGAACAAGAGUCCAAGCGUCCAAAUGUUUCCUAUCUCGCAGGCUCCGCGGCCAGCUGGAUCGAUGACUUCUUCUACUGGUUGAACCCUCAGCAAGACUGUUGCAGAGAGGACGGCAAGCUAUGUUUCGAGGACCGUGUUCCUGCAUGGAACAUCUCCCUUUCCGGGAUGCCGGAAGGAUCUGAAUUCAUCCAUUAUGUCCAAAAAUGGAUUGAUGCUCCUACCGAUGCCUCUUGUCCCCUCGGUGGUAAGGCUCCCUACAGCAACGCUUUGGUCAUUGACGACACCCGCAAAACAAUCAAUGCCAGCCACUUCCGCACCAGCCACACACCGCUUCGCAAUCAGGAUGAAUUCAUCCAGGCGUAUAUUGCAGCCCGCCGAAUCUCAGAUGAUAUCUCACGCGAGCACAAUAUCGAUGUGUUCCCGUACUCCAAGUUUUACAUCUUUUUCGAUCAGUACGUGUCUAUCGUACGACUUACUGGCACACUACUCGGGUCAGCUGUUGCUAUCAUCUUUGUUCUGACCUCUGUGAUCUUGGGGUCAAUCGCCACCGGUGCGGUCGUCACCACCACAGUGGUCAUGAUUGUAGUCGACAUUAUUGGUACUAUGGCGAUCGCCGGUGUCUCUCUGAAUGCCGUUUCUCUUGUCAAUCUGGUCAUUUGCGUGGGCAUUGGCGUCGAGUUCUGUGCUCAUAUUGCCCGAGCAUUCAUGUUCCCCGCCCGGCCAAUCAUGGAUAAUGUACCUGCUAAAUACCGCGGCAAAGACGCACGAGCAUGGACCGCCUUGGUCAAUGUUGGUGGAAGUGUUUUCAGUGGCAUCACUAUCACGAAACUUCUCGGGGUUUGUGUCCUGGCUUUCACUCGGAGCAAGAUUUUCGAGAUUUACUACUUCCGCGUGUGGCUUGCCCUGGUCAUUUUUGCUGCUGCCCAUGCUCUCAUCUUUUUACCUGUAGCUCUCAGCUACUUUGGUGGCGGUGGCUACUUUGACCCUGCAUCCGAUGGUGGCCUGGAGGCUAAUCUUGCUUCGCGCGGUUAUCGCUCCUCGCUACUUCGCGAUGAUUAUGACUCUGACGAUUAUUAG